AUGCCUUCGCGUGCUUCGGGGCGCACGUCGGCGCGAAGUGGCAGGAAAACGCCCGAGGCGGUUUGCUGUUUAGCGAUCUGCACGUUUAGCGCCGGGAAGGGGUGUCCAGGCAGAGCGAGGCGGAGCAAGGCGCGCCAGAUCUGGAAACUUCUGAACCGGAAGAAAUUUGCAAAUAUGCAAAUUACAACCCUAAUUUCUACCCUUACCAAUAAUCUCCAUCAAUUUCAAGAAUUCUCUUCAUCUUUUGACUGCAAUGGGAAAUAUCCUUUUCAUAUUGAUACAGUUGAUCAAUAUGAUAGUGAUGCUAGUUUGAAUGAUAUUAGUGUUGAGGAGUGGGAUGAGUGA